ACGUCAGUAGUGAACUACCAUUCGUUGAGGAAAGACGCGGAGACGGAAAUUAAAAAUUUGUGUGUUGAGUUGAGUGUAGGCAACGAAUCAUUGCCGAACGAGUCAUUGAUUACCAUCUUAAACAAAUUCGGCUUGAAUCGUUUUCGUCUUAUCUGUGUUGCUCCCCUACCGUUCUAUUCAUUCAGUUAUUGAAGUGUUGAAUGCAAAUAUUUAUUAGCAAAUAAAAGCGCCCGUCGUCACUCACUUUUAACGUAGUACAUUCAACCAACAGAUUACAGUAUAUUUUAUUUGCCAAUCAUUAGUUGGCCUUUUGUAUUCCUUUUAACACACACAUACUCACACUCGCAGUAACACACUGAGAGGCACGCACGCACACACACACAUUCGUAGUCUCGUAGAAACAUGAGCUUUACUCGGCAGUUAUCUGAAAUGUCGGCUAGUGAAUUAAACGAAGCCAUUGAUGACUCCAAUUUCCCCCAGGCGCACAUCCUAUCACGUGGACGUAACAAUAGCGUUUGCUCAACAGGUUCGGCAUCGGGUAAUGCUUUCUUAAUGGAUCGUAAUUUCUUAUCGCAAACGGAUGACUUGGCUAACAGUGGAAACGUUGUUGGUGGCGUGGACGGUGCCAAUGACACCUUCAACUCACCAAGUGUCCUAAGUAAAACUAUAACGAAUCGUCCAAAACUUCUUAUCAAGACUAACGGUACGAUUCCCGAGAACGAAUCUAUCCAAACUCCAAUGACACCAAGGACAUCAACAACCCCAGGUCACGAAAAUUGUACAUUUCAUCAUGAUUUGGAAUUGGAUCAUAAGCCGCCGACUAGAGAAGCAUUGUUGCCAGAUAUGGCCAGAUCAUAUCGUCUGCUGCUUGGUGGGCUAGGGGAGAACCCAGAUCGGCAGGGUUUGAUAAAAACGCCCGAAAGGGCUGCCAAAGCUAUGCUGUUCUUCACCAAAGGAUACGAUCAAAGCCUGGAAGAUGUACUCAAUGGCGCUGUUUUCGACGAAGAUCACGACGAAAUGGUUGUCGUCAAAGACAUUGAAAUGUUCUCAAUGUGCGAACACCACUUGGUACCGUUCUAUGGGAAAGUUUCGAUCGGAUAUUUGCCAUGCAAUAAAAUAUUGGGUUUGAGCAAAUUGGCUAGGAUCGUGGAGAUUUUUUCGCGGCGGCUGCAAGUCCAAGAAAGGCUUACAAAGCAAAUAGCGGUGGCUGUAACACAAGCCGUUCAACCAGCCGGUGUAGCAGUCGUUGUUGAAGGAGUGCACAUGUGUAUGGUGAUGCGAGGUGUCCAGAAGAUUAACAGCAAAACUGUCACCUCAACUAUGUUGGGCGUUUUCCGUGAUGACCCUAAAACAAGGGAGGAGUUUUUAAAUUUAGUCAAUAGUAAAUAAGGUGGCAGACAUUUGAUGAGAUAUAAAACGGUCAUUGUACGGUCGCACCUGCCUGAAAGUAUGUGCCAACAAAAUAUAUUAUAAUAUUGUUAGCAAAACAACUGUUUAAGGCCACCUAAUUUUUCCAUAACAUUUGCAUAUUCCAUCAAAAAAUUGCAUUAAAAGGCUUUUCAAUUUUACUAAAUUGUAGCGAUUCAAUCUAAAUUCUAUUGAAAAAAUUUAUUGCAUUAUCCAAACAACCUACAAAAUGCCAGAACACAUUUUAUUUUUCUUUUUUUUUUUAAUAUGAAUUUUGACACAUUUUUGAAACAGGUGUGACUAUGAAACUCUGGCCGGAAACGAUUUAAAUCCUUAUUGCUUGUAGUAUGUAUCAGAAUACCUAAACUAGUUUACCUAUAUGUAUAUGAAACCGAAGCUCUAAUAUAUGAUGCAGCAGCAUAGUAAAGGAGAGUUUUCUAACAAGAACCGAUGGAUUAUUUCGGUUGGAUUUGGAGCAUCGAAUAAUUUGCAGACUGUUGGGCCUAUUGUUUAUAUUGUACCCAGUUGGGCCGGAGCCCUUCUUCUAAAACCCAUAAGGAUGCCGAAUAUAUACAUACAUUGUUUGCCGACAUGUGUGUGAAUUGUUGUUUAUAUGUAUCUAUGUGUAUAUUUAUUAAAAUAAGGUCUUUUGGAGAGUAUCGAAAUAUUUUUGGAAAAACAUACAAACACAACUUCUUUGUCCACAAAGAAACAGAAAAACUAAUAUCUGUAAACAGGGUCCAAUAACAAUAACUAUAUUAAUAAUACUGAUUAAAUGUUAAACACGGAAGCGGAUUUAUUAUUUGAUAGUGUUAGUUUGCGUACUUAAGAAUUUAUUGAAGAUGUUUGGUGCCUGGGUAGGUCUAUAAACUACACUUGCUUACACUUAUUUUACUUGUAUUUACAUAAAACUAAGUUUCCAUUGCUUCCAUUGACUUUAUAUACAUACAUGGAUAUUUUAUUUUAUUUUAUUUGUAUACAUAUUUACAUAUGUAGAUGUUUUUACUCUUAUAUUCAAAAAAUCAAUGCUAAAGAUAGGCUACAGAGUCCUUGAGCCAAACGAAGAAACGUUUUAGGGAAUUUACAAUAAAUAAAACAAAUUUAUAGCAGAACAAUGAAAAAAGAAUUAUUCCAAUACCAAUGCUUAAAAUGUAUGUAUUAUUGUAUUAUAUGUGUAUUUAAAUAAACAUAAUCGUUGCUGA